AUGGCUGCUUUUGCGAAGGAGCGCCAUGCAGGGUUAAUUGAAAUUACCCCUGAUGACCAACCCAACCCUUACUAUAGUCUGCCCACUGAGGCUUAUAUGCAAUCACUCAUCGACGCCGUAUCGGGGGGCACACCUCACAUCACUAAAGCUGCUGAAGUCACUGGCUCCUACAUUGCUGUUCUCCCAAGCGAAGUCGCCGUCUCAUCUUUCACCUGGUCUUCGGUCGCGAAUGCUCUCGGGUACGGGGUGUAUGAGGACCGUGUGCUGGUAUUGGAAAUACCAGCCUCAUUAACCCGAGCUACAGUCGACAUACUCGACCCCGCAUCCUCUGGUAUCUCCUUCAAGGUACAGACUGUGUUAGCGUCGGGAAGUGGCGGCUCGGCACGGACGGUCUCAGCGAGUACCAAAAGCUUACUAGCGGAUGGACCAAUCUCCAAUGUUUGCUAUGAAAGGAAAGGCAACACCAUUAUCUACAAAGCCGACGUCCUGAUAACCUCCGCAUUCGUGCCAGGCGUGGACGACGAGGGUGUUGCGCACCACGAGGUCGUCAACUACAUGGUUGAAGGGAAUGACUUUUACUCUGGUUUUUACAAGUACACUGGUAUUUGGCAUGACACUUCUAAGUCCAAUGCUGAUUAG